AUCGGCGGGCUGAGCUGAGAGACCAGUGAGAUCUCGUCACGAGAAAGAGCAAGGCGGGACUGUCGGAUAUCAGGAUGGCUCGAUACGUGCUCCUGCUGGGGUAAGCUCUAGAUUACCGACCAUACCUUUCUCUACACUCCUUUGCCGUUUCAUGUAUGACUCGAACUCGACGCGACAGCGCGAGCCUUAUCGAUAUAUAGCGUAGGCGGCACGAACCUAUUGGCGGCAUCCUUGCAGUCCAUAUCCCCCCCAUGAAUACGCCCAUUCCUCCUGCAAGCCCUGAAGACUCGAUCUCCAUUGCCUCCCCGCAGAGGGAAGGGUCGCGAACACCAGCGUCCGACGAUCACACUCAUACAAUCGAUGAGAAGGACAUCGCGGAUCAGUCUCCGACUGAGGAUGGAGUGGGUGUCAGUGACAAGGAGGCAGGCACCGUAGAGGAGGAAGCAGCAGAGGAGGCUUCGCGUCCCACCAAACCGCCUCAGCUCGAAGAUGGAACGAUAGCCGGCUCCUUCAAUGCUCAGACCAACUACGUGCCCCGCUCUCAAAUCAUCAUCAUCUUCCUCGCACUCGCAAUCGUCAUCUUCACUGUCGUCCUCGAUCAGACGACCCUGGCCGUCUCCUCGUCCGUGAUCGCAACAGACCUCUCUGCGGGGAGCCUGACAUCCUUCAUCACUGGCUCCUACUUCCUCACAUCUACGAGUUUUCAACUGAUCUACGGAAGGGUAUCUGAUUUCUUUGGCAGGAAGCCUCUCAUCCUCGUCUUUCUCGCCAUGUUCUUCAUCGGCUCUCUAGGCUCGUCUCUAUCGCCAGACGUCAUCUCCCUCGUCUGCUUUAGGGCCUUUACGGGAAUCUGGGGUGGCGGACUGAUCACGCUAGGACAGACGGUCAUCGGCGAUGUGGUCAGUCUGCGCGAAAGGGGCAAGUACCAGGGAAUCCUCGGCAGCGUCAUGAUCCUCGGCAAUGGUCUGGGACCUGUCAUCGGUGGAUCCCUUGCUGAAAAAGCGGACUGGAGGGAUCAGUACCGCAUGAUGCUGCCCUUGUCCUGUGUUUCGGGUCUGGUGGCAUGGCGCUUCUUGCCACUGAAGAAGGUGCAUGGUGAUUGGAAAAAGAAGGCAAAGGCAGUAGACUGGACUGGAGCGGUAUUGACGUUUAUCGCAACGACACUGGUCGUGCUCGGCCUAUCGUGGGCAGGUGGCUCCUACUCCUGGUCCGACGCUCACGUCCUCGCCCCAAUCAUCAUCGGCAUCGCCUUUACCUUCAUCUUCGUCCUCUGGCAAUGGAAAGGUUGCACUCCUGAGCGUCCACCUCUUAUGCCCCUCUCCAUGUUCCACAACCGCAUCGUCUGCGGUGCAGCCAUUACGCAAUUCACCAAUGGCUGGCUGACAUACGUGCAGAUGUUCUACAUUCCUCAAUUCUACCAACUCGCCUAUGGCUAUUCGCCCAUCAAGGCGGGAGCGCUGCUACUGCCGCUACUAUGCGUACAGUCUCUCUCCUCGACCCUCUCGGGAUUGAUCGUCUCUCGCACAGGACGGUACAGGGAGAUUCUCCUCUCGGGCUGGAUCCUUUGGUCCGUUGGGCUGGGUCUCUUCUCUACACUUGACCCUUCCUCAGGACUGGGCAAGCAAAUUGGCUUCUCCCUAAUCACGGGAUUUGGGGUAGGACAGACGCUCCAGGUGGCACUGGUGGCACUGCAGGGUGCUGUGCCACGAAAGGACAUGGCAGUGGUGACGGCGGUGCGUAACUUCGCAAGGAAUCUAGGAGCGGCUCUGGGAAUCGCCAUUGCAAGCACAAUUGUCAACACACUCACCGUGCACGACCUUACACCCCAAGGAUGGAGUACCGCUCAAGUCCGGGCAGCACUAGACAAUCCUUCUGCCCUCUUCUCCUCUUCUUCUUCCACCUCCUCCUCUCUCUCUCCCGAACAACUCAACGAGCUCCGUCUCGCCUACUCCAAUGGAUUCCGCGUCGUCUUUCUCGUCCUGGCAGGAAUCGCCGCUGCGAGUUUCUUCUUUACAGUGGCAUUAAUGCGGCAACGGACACUUACUCGGGAAGAUGAUGCGGCGUUGAAAGAGGAGGGGAAGAGGACGGUUAGGAUGAAGAGGGAAUCGAAGAGGGCAAAGAAGAUGGCUGCUGCUGGAGGAAUGGAGGAGAAGGUAGCUGAGUCAGGAUCUGCACCGCAGGAGGCGAGACCACAGCCCGUAGCUACAUUGCAGGGGGACGCAAGGGCGGACGAGGGGUCAGGCGCUCCUGUGACUGUAGCCGCGACGGACGGGGUGACCAGGUAGGACAGACAAGGCAUGGUAAUCCAUGGGAUGGGCUUAUACGGAUAAGAAGGGGUCCAAGAUAGAGUAUCCACAGGUAAAUGUAUCAUAGCACACAACACACAGAAUUGGAAAGGCAUGUCUCGACAACACGUGGGCUGAAUGCAGACAGCGUCAACCAAUGGCUCUCUACUUCUCC